CACUUAACAUUUAAACUGAAAUAAUUACGUCUACGUUAUUUUAUUAUUCUAACAAUUAUAUAUGUUUAUAAUUUACAAGAUACAUAAUAAAACAAUUUAAUUUAUUCCCCAGUUGUAACAUUAUCGAUUUUCAGUAAUGACGAUCUUCCCCUUAAACCAUGAACUCAUCAGCACAUGGCAAAGUCAUAUAUUCUUAACAUUGAACUAGUAUGACGUUCUUAUAUAAACAAUUAAUAACACAUGAUUCUAAGCACGCAAUAGACUCAAUACAGUGCGAUAAUUGUUCACGUCUAGUCGCAUAAUAGUUCCAAUAUUAGUUAAUUUAUUAAAAAGAACAACAAAAGUAGUUCAUAUUUUAAAUUUCAAAACGUGUUUGAUAAAAUGUUUAGUUUAUUGGUCACCGUUUUGACAAUCAGAACUAACGAAUUGACGUUCUACGUUUUUGAUUGACAAUUUCUCGAUUUCGAUGUCCGCUGGUGCAAACUUGUUUAACAAAACUAUUUUUAAUUUCAAAUCCAAUUUUCUUUUAGUGCGCAGUGUGUGAAAAACUAACUAUGAAAUGUUACUUGAAUAACAAAUGAGUGUUAGAAAUAUCAAUACAUUAACAGGUCGGCCCAAAAUACGAGUAUAUUGACAAAAUUGUUUAUUGCGGCAUAUUUUUGAGAAGUGUUGCAUUUAAAUAUCAAAGAUAAAAGGGUAUAUUUUGAUCAAAAAUAUCUUUUCGUUGCCUUGUUUUUUGUCUACAAAAAAUGUAGCAGAGUGGAGUUUUUAAUUUCUCACAAGAUAAUUAUAAUCUACAGCUAGAGUCAUGCAAUAGCACUAUUUUUUUUUUAUUUGAUAAAAGACAAAAAUAGAAGCGUCACAGAGUGGUCAAAAAUAAGUCCACGAAAAUAAUGUUCACCUUUUAGUUAAAUGAUUACAGUUUAAUUUUUUAUGGUAUUUUGUUAAGAAGUGUAAGUAUAAAAUUUAAAAAAAAUUUUUUUUUGAUCCCCAUGUACGACAUUUAACUAAACAGAUAUCCACGAGCUUUAUAUGCAUUGAUACGCUGCAAGUAAGUGAUCGUUAAAACCAAAGAACAGCCGAAGGUACCAAAAAGUUUAGUUCAAGUGCUACCAUGAAAUUUGCAGUGAAAUGUUUCAUUACUGUCGCGGUACUCGUGGAAGUCACUAGUCGUGAUUUGAACGACACUGACCGGGCCGCCCGCGCUGCUUUCGUUCAGAAACUACUAAACAAGCAAAAAACGGCUGAAGGGAGAAUAAAGCUUUUCGGCGGUCCAAACCAAUUUGAAGGCAACGUAUACAUCUACCACGGCGGCCGGUGGGGCGCUGUAUGUGACGACUCUUGGGACGACGCGGCCGCCCAGGUAGUCUGCAGUCACUGGAACCGGAGCGGAAUCGCCACACACGCCGCGCAGUAUGGAGAGGCGAAAAGAAAGUUCUGGAUGGAUGAUGUAGUCUGCGAAGGUACAGAGCCAUCCCUGAACCACUGCAUCUUCAGCGGCUGGGGCUCAUCCGACUGUGAGCCUUCCGAAGCUGCUGGCGCCAUCUGUACUGAAACACCAGUAGCACUGGUGAAACCCAGAAGGAGGAGUUUGAUGGAGACACUGGAUGGCGAUGCUCGGUUGAGGCUUGUUGGAGGGAGGAGUCCUAAUGAAGGAAGAGUUGAGAUAUACUACAAAGGCGAAUGGGGCAGCAUUUGCGCAGACGGCUGGUCUCUCUACGAAGCCAUACCCGUCUGCCGGCAUUUAGGCCUCGGCUACGCUGCGCAGGCCUCGCAAACGAACGUGUUUGGGGCGUCGAAGAUCGUCCUCAGCGGCGUGGAGUGCCAGGGGAAUGAGAAGAGUCUGUUUGAGUGCAGUCAUGAAGAUAUUGGAGAGGUUAAGUGCCCGGGAGAUGUGGGUCACGUAGCAGCAGUGGUGUGCACAGACCGCCUCGCAGAUCUAGAGUUAGAUACCGUCGCCAUUGAAAGAUCUGCACAUCUGCAAGAUGUUCCUAUGUAUCUUCUGCAAUGCGCUAUGGAAGAAAACUGCCUCAGCAAGACCGCAUAUGAGAUCCAAAAAACCAACCCCGCCUGGCAGUACGAGACCCGGCGUCUACUACGAUUCACCGCGGCCUCUCUUAACAUCGGCAAUGAUGAGUUCCGGCCCUACCUGCCUAAACAUCUGUGGCAGUGGCAUCUUUGUCACAUGCAUUACCACAGUAUGGAAGUAUUCGCAACGUUUGACAUUCUCAAUGCAACUGGGCACAGAGUGGCAGAGGGCCAUAAGGCCUCCUUCUGUCUAGAAGACAAUACCUGCUUGCCUGGUGUGGAGAAGAAGUAUUCUUGCAAGAAUUAUGGAGAUCAAGGCAUUUCCGUCAACUGUUCGGACAUCUACAUGUACAACAUCGACUGCCAAUGGGUCGAUGUCACCGACGUUGAGUUGGGUGACUAUACUUUUAAGGUAGCGGUAAAUCCACACGCCCGUAUAGCAGAACAGCAGUUCCACAAUAACGCAGCGACUUGUGUACUACGGUUAUCAGAGACUUACGCGAGCGUGUAUGGCUGCACGCUGGGACGACCAUAGAUAAUAAUAUAAAGUGUAAAUUCACAAGCCCGUAUAGCAGAGUAACAGUUCCAUCAUAACGCAGCGACUUGUGUACUACGGUUAUCAGAGACUUACGCGAGCGUGUAUGGCUGCACGCUGGGACGACCAUAGAUAAUAACAUAAAGUGUAAAUCCAGACGCCCGUAUAGCAGAGCAUAAGUUUCAUAAUAACGCUGCGACUUGUGUACCUACACGGUUAUCCAAGACUUACGCGAGUGUGUAUGGCUGCACGCUGGGACGACCAUAGAUAAUAAUAUAAAGUGUAAAUCCACACGCCGGUAUAGCAGAGCUACACUUUCGUAAUAACGCAGCGACUUGUGUACUACGGUUAUCAGAGAUUUAAGCGAGCGUGUAUGGCUGCACGCUGGAACGACCAUAGAUAAUAAUAUAAAGUGUAAAUCCACACGCCCGUACAGCAGAACAACAGUUCCAUAAUAACGCGGCGACUUGUGUACUACGGUUAUCAGAGACUGACGCGAGCGUGUAUGGCUGCACGCUGGGACGACCAUAGAUAAUAAUAUAAAGUGUAAAUCCACACGCCCAUAUAGCAGAACAACAGUUCCACAAUAACGCGGCGACUUGUGUACUAUGGUUAUCAGAGACUUACGCGAGCGUGUAUGGCUACAGGCAGGGACGACCAUAGAUAAUAAUAUAAAGUCUAAAUCCACACGCACGUAUAGCAGAGCAUUCAGUUUCAUAAUAACGCAGCGACUUGUGUACCUACUACGGUUAUCAAAAACUUAAACGAGCGUGUAUGGCUGUACGCUGGGGCGACCAUAGAUAAUAAUAUAAAGUGCAAAUCACACGCCCGUAUAGCAGAACGCAGUGACUUGUGUACUAUGGUUAUCAGAGACACGUGAGCGCGUGCCAGACUCUGGGACGACCAUAGUUCUUUUUACUAGCCAUGUAAUAAAUUCAAUUUAAUCAUCGAACCUGCUCACAAAAUCCGUUGAGAAUUACGACAUACGAAAGCUGCUUCGCUAACGCUUUGUCAAAAAAAUUAAGAAGUUAUGUGGAACAAUUUUUUUGUGUCCGGGAUAAAAAUCGUUAACCUAACCACACCCACAUUUGUUAGGUAUAUGUGUCGUUUCCAAGUAAAAAGUCCCACUUUGUCGCUCAUCAUAAGGACGUUUUGACAGGUUAUUCGUAUAAAUAAACAAGCAAAUCUCGUCCUUAUGGUAAGCGACAAAGUGGGAUCUUUGACACGACUUGGACUCAUAUGUUACAUAUUUUACUGUCCCAGUAGGUAUAACUAUAAUACAAUCUGUAUUGUAUCUGUAUCUGUAUUAAUCUGUUUAGGAUAUAAUGAAUAAACAAACACAGGUAUGA